GGGAACAGAUAAUCUCGCAAGGGGAGUUGGAAGGUCGUGGGAAGAGUUACGACGUUAGUUUGUCAAAGGGGGAAAAAAAGGUUCGGGAAACCGAAGGAGGGAAAUGUUUCGCUUGGCAGCGUGGGCCGUCGUGGUACUGGCGGCGGUGGGCGCCAGCCCAGGCGGACGGGUCGAGAACGUUCUGGAGGAGCCGAGCGGACGGGCCGAGAACAUUCUGGAAGCUCCGCGCGCCGACCAGUGCACGGGCUUCGCCAACAGUCUGCGGUUCGACUGCUACCCGGAGGACGACGCUAGCGAGGAGAAGUGCCAGAACCGCGGCUGUUGCUGGCGCUCGCCGGACACCUCGUCGACAGCGUCGGAGCGGGUCGCACUCAACAUCCCGUACUGCUUCUACCCGCAGAACUACGGCGGCUACAAGUUCCUCAACAUCAGCGACGCCGCGUUCGGCAAGACGGCAUACCUGCAGCGGGGGACCAAGUCCUACAUCCCCAACGACAUCAGCAUCAUCAGGAUCGACGCCAAGUUCGAAUCUCAGAGCAGGCUCCAUGUCAGGAUCUACGAUCCUUCAAAAGAGCGAUGGAUCCCACCUCUGCCGGAAAUGCCUCAAGUGGACACCAAAGCGACCAACACUGAUUACGACUUCGUCAUCGAGGAAUCCAAGAUAGGCUUUAAAGUCUCUCGCAAGGACGACAGCGAAGUUCUGUUUAACACGCAGGAUCUCGGAGGGCUUAUUUACGCCGAUCAGUUUAUUCAGAUGUCGACACUUUUACCAACAAACUACAUCUACGGUCUGGGAGAGCAUCGGGCGCAUUUCCCUCUGAGCACAACAUGGCAGCGGUUCACAACCUGGAACAGAGACAUCGCACCUUCAGAAUACACAAACUUGUACGGGACACAUCCUUUCUACCUCGCCAUGGAAACUUCAGGGAAAAGUCACGGUGUGUUGAUGUUCAACAGCAACGGCAUGGACGUGCUACUGCAGCCCACACCGGCGCUCACGUACAGGACGGUGGGCGGGAUCAUCGACCUGUACUUCUUCCUCGGACCCUCGCCCUCUGACGUGGUCAAGCAGUACACCGAGCUGGUGGGCAGGCCCUUCCUGCCGCCCUACUGGGGCCUGGGCUUCCACCUCUGCAGAUAUGGAUACAAAACUCUUACCGAAACGAAGGCAGCCAUGUCGAGAACUCAGCAGGCUGGAAUUCCGCUCGACACCAUGUGGAACGACCUGGACUACAUGAAGGACCAGAACGACUUCACCUACGACACCAGCACGUUCGCCGGUCUGCCCGAGUUCGUAGAUCAGCUGCACACGGACGGCAUGCACUACAUCCCGCUGAUAGACCCGGGGAUCAGCGCGUCGGAGGCCUCCGGCACGUACCCGCCCUACGACCGCGGCGUGGAGCUGGGCGUGUUCGUCAAGGACUCCGCCGGGAAGCCCUUCCUGGGAAAGGUGUGGAACCCGCAGUCGACCGCCUUCCCCGACUUCACGAACCCCAAGGCGCUGGACUACUGGAAGGAGAUGCUGACCACCAUGUACAAGCUCUUCAAGUUCGACGGCGCGUGGAUCGACAUGAACGAGCCCGCCAACUUCCUGGACGGCAGCACGACGGGCUGCGACAAGAACUCGCUCAACAGCCCGCCCUACACUCCGGCCGUGGCUGGGGGAGCCCUCAUCUCGCGCACCCUGUGCAUGGACGCGCAGCAGCACAUGGGCAAGCACUACGACGUGCACAACAUGUACGGCUUCACGGAGACCAUCGUCACCGCCACAGUAUUGUCGGAGAUACGACAAAAACGACCGUUCGUGAUCUCUCGGUCUACGUUCAUCGGCCACGGCCACUAUUCCGGCCACUGGAGCGGAGACAUAUCUUCUUCGUGGAGCGACAUGGCCUGGACGAUACCAGAACUGCUGAGCAUGAGCGUCUUCGGCGUGUCUCUGAUGGGAGCAGACAUCUGCGGCUUCAACGGCGGCGCCUCGGCGACUCUGUGCCAGCGGUGGAUGGAGCUGGGCGCCUUCUACCCCUUCUCGCGCAACCACAACACCAAAGACGUGAACGCGCAGGACCCGGCCUCCUUCGGAACGGAGGUGGCCGAGUCGUCCCGCAAGGCGCUGCUGACCCGCUACUCGCUGCUGCCCUACCUCUACACGCUGCUGUGGGCCGCCCACGCAGAGGGCAGCACCGUCGUCACGCCGCUCUUCUUCGAAUUCCCGUCGGAUAAGGACUCGUAUGCCGUGGACACUGCCUUCAUGUGGGGCUCUGGCCUGCUCAUAGUCCCGGUGUUGACAGAGGGCAGCACGGAGGUGACGGUGUACCUGCCCAAGGCGCAGUGGUACAGCUUCUACACUGGCGCGCUGCUGUCCCCCGGUGGCGCCAACACCACGCUGUCGGCGCCCUUGGACACCAUCCCCCUGCUGGUGCGAGGCGGCGCGGUGCUGCCCAUGCAGACCCCGGCAACCACCACCACGGCCGCGCGCAAGAACAAGUUCGGCCUGAUGGUGGCCGCCGACCCCAGCGGCGCCGCGACGGGCAGCCUCUACUGGGACGACGGCGACACCCUGGGCACCUACGAGCAAGGGGCGUACAACCUGAUCACGUUCACGCUGCGAGACUCGCAGCUGACGGGCACCCCGACCCACACGGGCUACACCGGCGAGAGCAUGGUCCUGGGCAACAUCACGGUGCUGGGGGUCAGCUCUGCCUCCUCGGUCAGCGUCAACGGGGCGAGCGCCCCCUUCACCUUCGACUCCAGCAACAAGGUCCUGAAAAUGGAUUCGCUCUCAGUUUCCCUAACAGAUGCAUUUACUAUCAAGUGGUCUUAAGAUAAUAAGUAUUAAAAACAAGGAUGUGACAUUUUGAGUUAAAAUAUUUAGUAGCUCAAAAAAAUAAUAAAUUUAUUUAAAAUGCCACAA